AUUUGGAGGAGUUCUGUCUCCAGGUCAGAAAUCUCUUGCAGCCAUCGAUGAAAACCCACAAAAGAAAGCACUGUAAAUUCCCAACACCUUUCAUCAAUGUCACCCACCACUUUAAGGGCCGCGGGGAGUCCGCUGCUCAUGGAUCCCAAUAGCAUCUGCAGGAAAACCAAACGCCUGGCUGGGAGGCAAGCCGAACUGUGUCAAACCGAGCCGGAGAUCGUGAGCGAGGUGGCGAAGGGAGCCCGGCUCGGGAUCCGCGAGUGUCAGCACCAGUUCCGGCAGAGCAGGUGGAACUGCACCAUUCACAAGAAAUACUUCGGCAAAAUCCUCCAACAAGAUAUCAGGGAGACGGCUUUUGUUUACGCCAUCACCUCCGCCGGAGUGGCCUAUGCUGUGACCCAGGCCUGCAGCAUGGGUGAGCUGCUGCAGUGCGGCUGUGAGAACACCCCGAGCCGGACACCAACCCCCCACCCUCCCGCCUCUGGCACCCAGGCCGCGGCCUGGGAAUGGGGAGGCUGUGGAGACGAUGUGGAGUUCGGCUACGACAAGUCCAAGCAGUUCAUGGACACCGAAAAGAAAAAGGGACAGAGCGACAUCAAAUCCUUGAUUGACCUUCACAAUAACGAGGCCGGCCGACUGAUGGUUAAGAAUUACAUGAGGACCGAGUGUAAAUGUCACGGGUUAUCGGGCUCCUGUGCCGUCAAAACUUGCUGGAGGAAAAUGCCUCAUUUCCGCGAGGUUGGCGACCGCCUCUUGGACCGUUUCAACGGCGCCUUCAAGGUGAUGGGGAGCAACAACGGAAAGAUGCUGAUCCCGGUGGGCCCCAGCAUCAAGCAGCCAGACAAGCAGGACCUGGUUUACUCUGCAGAGUCACCAGACUUCUGCCUAGCCAACAGGCGGACUGGUUCACCGGGCACACGGGGCAGGGCGUGCAAUGGCACAGCGGUGGAUGCCAGUGCCUGUGACUUACUGUGCUGUGGCCGAGGGCACCGAGAGCAGACGGUGAGCUUCCAGAAGAAUUGCCACUGCCGCUUCCACUGGUGCUGCGUGGUCCAGUGCAAGCGAUGCACGGUUCGGAAGGACCUCAGCCUCUGUGUGUAGUUAGGAUGGCGGCAAAAUAAGCCAUUGCCCGGAACUUCCAAGCUAAAUCCCAAAUUAUUACCCAAAGGGCACGCAUUUUGCAUGGAGAGGAGGCGGAAGUUGCAACUCAAUGUCUGCAGGAAUUUCUGGGCAAAUC